AUGCUCGCCGACCGCCCAUCCCCCUUGCUUCCAUCCUCAUCAUCCCUAUCGGCCUUUCCACGCGAUCAACGUGCGUACGACGAGGCGACGUGCGAGACGGCGAUCGAGAUUCGCCGGUCGUUCGCCUUCACCAAGUACUCGAUCCAGGUCACGUGCCCGAUCACGCAGCGCAGCUGGGUCGUCGAGAAGCGCUGCUCGUCGUUCUAUGCCUUCCGCGAUACGAUCGAAGCCUUUUUGCUGGCAUGUGGCAACGACGACGUCGCGAUCCGCCGCCUCGCCACCACGCUGCUGCGUGGGUCGCUGCCGACCAAGCUCGUGCUCGACAAGUACGGCGCCUCCACGAUGCGCAAGCGCAGCCACAUUCUGAAAAAGUACCUCUGGCUCGCGCUUGACUGCCGGUCCGUGUGCUAUCUGUACCCGGUCGCGGCACGGAGUGCCGCCCAUGGCGCGCUCAUGACGCUCCUCGACACCUUCCUUGACGUGCCCGUGAGCCUCCGCGACAUUCGCUUCCAGCAAGCGACGAACGAGCAGAUGCUGGAUACAUGUGCCAUUUGCACCUACGAGUACCUGCGCGACGAGUUCGAUGAGCUCGGCAAGGUCGUGCAGCUCCCGUGCGGCCACUGCUUCCACCGCGACUGCGUCAACGAGUGGUUGUACACGCACAACACGUGCCCCAUGUGCAGACACAUGACCGACAAGAUCACGGGUCUCCACGCAUAAACAUGAAUCACCAACUACUAGUCGUUAGGAUAUACUACUACACAUCAUAAGAACUACAUCAAUCGAUAG